ACAAAUUCCGAGGAGAUUUGUACCUGACAGUGAAGCUUCUCCUCCCAGGAGUGGUUAAGAAUGUGUACAACCUCAAUGACAAACAAAUUGUCAAGCUUUUCAGCCGCAUAUUGAAUUGCAGUCAGGAUGAGAUGGUGCAAGACUUGGAACAGGGUGAUGUUUCAGAGACGGUGCGGAUGUUUUUUGAGGACGGCAAGUCUUUCCCUCCAGCAGCCAAGAGUCUUCUAACUGUUCAGGAGGUUGAUGCUUCACUGAGCCGUCUGUCCCAACUCACAAAGGAGGAUGAUCAGCAGGCAGAGCUGCAGGAUAUUGCUAAAAAAUGCACCGGAAAUGAUCUGAAGUGUUACAUUCGUUUGGUCAAACAUGAUCUGAAAAUCAACUCUGGGGCUAAGCAUGUUUUGGAUGCUGUGGACCCCAACGCCCAUGAUGCCUUCAAAGCCUCUCGUAACCUGGGUGACGUAAUUGACCGGGUGCUACGGAACCAUCAGGAUGCUUCUAAUGGGACAGGGCCCAGAAAGAUCCUCAGUGUGGAGGCGUCUCUGAUGACCCCCGUACAGCCAAUGCUGGUCUGA